AUGGCGCCCAGCAAGCCCGAGCCGCCCGCCUCCGGCUGCAGCACUCCCUGUACACCCGAAACCCCCGGCGUUUUCUUUACAGAGUUUCUCGAAGACGGAACUUUUAAACACUUCGGAGGGUUUGGCAAUUUCCGCGUCCCGAAGGGCUCCCUGGUGCUCCUCAAGCUCUUCGAAGGCACUCAGGACAAACCCUCGCUCGGGUGUAUAUCCACCGACCCCCUCGGAAACCCUCAGCAGCUCGAAAGCUCUUCAGACUCUCUGGGCAAUCGGACUUUCUUUCUCCACGCAGACCGCCCCGGUCCCUACAACAUACGCUUGUCUUACCAUGGGGCCCCCUCAUCAGGAGAGCUUUCCACUGCUGCCAGCUCGCCCUGCGGGGACAAACAGCAGCAGCAGCAGCAGCAGCAGCAGCAGCAGCAAGAUUUAGGGCCUGUUAAUGUCAUUAUUGUGGACCCUGUGCUGACCAUAAAUGGAAAGCCAAUUCCUGCUGAGGGUUUGAGUGUACAGACAGCUCUUUCCAGGUGUCUCGGAGGCGUCAAACGCUGGUGGCGCAUGUUUCAACACGUCAAAGACAUGGGGUAUAAUAUGGUCCACUUCACCCCGCUGCAGACUGUGGGCGAGUCAGGCAGCUGCUACAGUCUGGCGAACCAGCUGAAAAUAGACUCUUUUUUUUUCCGAGACGAGCCCGAGGAGGGUUUGGAGGGGGAGGGUUCCUCGAAAACCCUAAACCCUCGCGAGGGUUUGCAAACCCUAGCAGCAGCAGUUAACAUGUUGGAAAAAGAACUUGGAAUUCUUUCCGCCACAGACCUCGUUUUAAACCACACUGCCAGCAACAGCGAGUGGUUAAGGGAGCACCCCGAGGCGGG